AUGCACAUGUUACAUAGAUCAAUACCAUCUUCAAUACUACUUAAAGUCAAAAUAUCACCCAAUAUAUUGCACAAAUCAUUUAGUACGUUCUCCCCCAGGCUCAUUCAAAACCCAUUCAAUGCCAAAUCCUUCAAAUCAAAUGACUCUAGUGUUGAAACCGACGAAUUAAUCAGUGAAAACAAUCCAUGGUCGCCUACUUUAGAAGAUGAUCCAAUAUACGUACAAGAAAGGCACAAGAUUACCAAAACAAAACUCCCCGAAUACUAUAGAUUAUCAUAUAGUCCCAUAUAUGAAGCACCAGCUGCUAAAUACGUAUCCAUAUUAAAAAGACUAACGCUAAGCUUUGGUGUGGUGGGAUUAUAUGGAUCGAAACUAAUUUAUGAAUCGACUCAAUUUGAUGAUUCGUUUGCAUAUACUUUGUUAGUUGGUACUAUAAUACCUAUUAUAUUAGUACAAUGGAAGACUAAAGAUUACGUUACUAGGAUAUUCAGAUUAUAUAACAAGGAGACUCCGCAAACUUUGGAUAACUUGGUCAAAGAUGAAAAUUUAAUUAUUGAAAAAUUAAAUUUUACUGGUGGAAAAACUUAUAAUGAGUUAUUGAGAAUUACUGAUAACAAGUCGUUAGUAAUAUCACCUGAGCAUAAGUUUUGGAAGCCUUAUACUACAUGGGAAGAAAAAAAUAAAGAAGACGGUUCGAAAAGAGAGUUUUACGUUGUAGAUGAUAUAGGAGGUAUCAAAAUGGAUAGAUUAUGGGGAAUUGUUGAAAAAAACAGUGGAGUCAACAAUGGAAGAUCGUUCUUUGAGUAA